AUGAAGCCAAGACAAAGGGCAUCCUCCUUUGAUGUCUCAUGGGACAUGGUGGCUAUGGGUGAGGCCGUGGUGCACAAGAGGAUAACUCAUCUGUACCUCUGGUUGGAGAUGUUGAUCCUUCUUUCAACAUGGCCCUUGACUGAGCAUGCUCAACACACCAGCCUCCCAGAAGUAGUGAUACCCUUACGGGUCACAGGCAACAGAACAAUGGGGACUGUGGGAUGGCUGACUUAUAGCCUGCACUUUGGGGGUCAGAGACAUUUUAUCUACAUGAAAGCCAAAAGGGCUUUCAUAUCUAGACACCUCUCUGUAUUCACUUACAAUGACCAAGGUGCUCUACACAAGGACCAGCCUUUUGUCCAGAAGGAUUGCUACUACUAUGGCUAUAUGGAUGGAGACCCAGACUCCAUGGUUGCUCUUACCACCUGUUUUGGAGGCAUUCAAGGAAUAUUACAGAUAAAUGGCACAGUAUAUGAAAUCAAGCCCAAGAACCUUUCUUCCACAUUUGAACAUUUGGUUCGCAAGACACACAGCGAGGAGACACAGUUACUCCCCAUGAGGUGUGCAUUGACAGCAGAGGAGCUAGCAUGGCAAAUGAAGUUCCUCAGGAAUGAUAACCCCACACUGAUGCAAAGCGGCUAUGAGGGCUGGUGGACCCACAAGAGUUUUCUUGACCUGGCACUGGUCGUUGACCAUGAGCGAAUCCGUUAUCUGAAUGGCAAUCAGUCACGUGUGUUAGUGGAAAUAUUGAUCAUUGUUGGAUUAGUAAACGAGAUUUACCUUCCACUGGAUGUUGAGGUAGUUUUACUUGGGGUUGAGAUGUGGAAUGAAGGGAAUCCAAUGACAGUGACUAACAUACAUGAUCUCCUGAUAGACUUUUGUUUUUGGAAAUCUAUCAGCCUUAAUAAUCGUAUUCAAAAUGAUAUUGCACAUCUUUUUGUGCAUCAUAAUUUUCAUCUAAUACUUGGUUUAGCCUAUUUGGGGACUGUUUGUAUGCCAUGGGAUAAUUGUGGAGUUGACAGCCUGAUCGGAGAUAAUCUUUUUCACUUUGGACAUAUUACAGCACACGAAAUCGGUCAUAAUUUGGGUAUGCUGCAUGAUGAGGGUUCAUGUACCUGUGGAAUGGAACAAUGCUUAAUGGCUCCAACAGAUGCUGGCACCCUCAAAUUCAGUAACUGCAGUUAUGCUGACUUUUGGAAAGUCUAUGCUACUACCAACUGUAUGCGCAAGGAAAAUAAGUCAGUAGGCAUAUACAAAUUAAAGUCCUGUGGGAAUGGUGUGGUUGAUGAUGGAGAGCAGUGUGAUUGUGGAUCUUGGAGAAAAUGUACAGCAGAUCCAUGCUGUAUGAGGGGCUGUACCCUCAAAGGUGGGGCUCCCUGUGCUUUUGGGCUUUGCUGCAAAGAUUGCCAGAUCAUGCCAUCUGGCACAGUGUGCAGAGCAAAGGACAAUGAAUGUGACCUUCCAGAAUGGUGCGAUGGACAUUCACAUGAGUGCCCUAAGGAUGUGUAUUUGCUUGAUGGGAGCUCCUGUAAAGAUGGUGGCUACUGCUAUGAAAAGAGAUGCAACAUCCGAGAUGAACAGUGUCAGCAGAUCUUUGGCAAAGAAGCCAGGAGCGCAGCUCAGAGAUGCUACAGGGAAAUCAACAGCCAAGGUGACCGUUUUGGCAACUGUGGUCUAUUCAGGAGUACAUACUUAAGAUGUAAUGACUCAGACAUCCUCUGUGGGAGAGUGCAGUGUGAGAAUGUAAAAGCUCUUCCUUCUUUGAAAGACCAUUCCAGUGUUCACUGGACACACCUCAAUGGUGUCACUUGUUGGGGGACUGACUACCAUUUUGGGAUGACAAUACCUGACAUUGGCCACGUGAAAGAUGGCACAGACUGUGGUCCAGAGCACGUGUGCAUUAAUAGGAAGUGUGUCAAUAAGUCGAUUUGGGUAAGCCAUUGUUCACCAGAGACAUGCAAUAUGCAAGGUGUCUGUAACAAUUUACACCACUGCCACUGCAACUCUGGGUGGCAGCCACCAUUUUGCCAGGCACAUGGCUUUGGGGGGAGUGUGGACAGUGGCCCUGCAUCUCCACCUCGACCUCCAACUUCACCUGCACCUACACCUACACCAGCACCUACACCUGCACCAGCACCUCCACCUGCACCAGCACCUCCACCUGCACCAGCACCCCCACCUGCACCAGCACCUCCAACUGCACCAGCACCUCCAACUGCACCAGCACCUCCAACUGCACCAGCACCUCCACCCCAACCUGCACCUCCAACUCAACUUCCAGCUCCAACUCCACCUCCACCUCCAAAACAAGUGAAAUCCAAGAAAAAUAACUGGGUGGGCAUGAUCCCGAUUCUUUUUGUUACUUUUCCAUUCUUUGUGUUCAUUUGUCUUCGCAAUAAGUAUGGAAUACCACGUAGGAGUGAAGAAGCAAGAGUUUCCACGUCAGAAGAGGAAGAAGAGUCCAGUGACGUCAGCACUGCAAGCCAAAGCUGGCAAUUCCAAAAGUCGUAA